UGACCGAGAGAGCGAUCACGGGAAACCUAGAAAAGCCAGUACACUCCCACUCUCGCUCCGGUGGUUACGUUGUACAUUCGACUGCAUUGGACGGACUAUACAUGUACAUGUAGCCAGCUGCGGCCAUGAUGGACGGAAUGGAAGAUAGCCCUGACCUCUUUGCUGAGGACCAAAGCAAGGGAAGGUCAGACACUGUUGAUUUGAACACAGAUACUUCAUUGGUCGUUGACAUCUCUGAUGCGCUGAGUGAAAAAGAAAAAGUCAAGUUUACUGUGCAUACAAAGACUACUCUGCCAACGUUUAGUGACAGUGAGUUUUCAGUACAACGUGAGCAUGAGGAGUUUGUAUGGCUACACACAAUGUAUGUGGAGAAUGAGGCGUACGGGGGAAUUGUGAUUCCACCAGCUCCUCCUAAGCCAGACUUUGAUGCAUCACGAGAGAAGCUUCAGAGGCUUGGAGAUGGUGAGGGGACAAUGACAAAGGAAGAGUUCACCAAAAUGAAACAAGAGCUUGAGGCUGAGUAUCUUGCCACAUUCAAGAAGACAGUGGCUAUGCAUGAAGUGUUUCUGCAGAGGUUAGCUGCUCAUCCAACACUAAGGAAUGAUCAUAACUUCAAGGUCUUCUUGGAGUACAAAGGAGAGCUGAAUGUUCGUGGGAAGAACAAGAAAGAGAAGCUGGGCAGCCUGGUGAAGUUUGUGACAAAAUCUGUAGAUGAAGUACUAGUCUCUGGUCAAAAGGAUGUUGAUCCCUUUUUUGAGCAUGAAAAGAACUUCCUGGUGGAAUACCAUGCAAAGGUGAGGGAUGCGACUACCAAAGCAGACAGGAUGACCAGAUGCCACAAAGAUGUUGCUGCUUCUUACAUUAAGAUUUCUGGUGGAUUACUUGGACUUGCCACUGCAGAAAAAUCGGAUUUGGACAAAUUCUUCAUAAAGGUGUCAGAAACACUGGAAAAAGUCAGAAAACUGGAGACAAGGGUUGCAUCAGAUGAAGAUCUGAAAUUAUCUGAUCUGUUACGUUAUUACAUGAGAGACUCGGCAGCUGCUAAGGACUUGUUGUAUCGUAGGAUGCGAUCACUAGUUGACUACCAGUCUGCUAAUAAGGCAUUAGAGAAAGCAAGAGCAAAGAAUAAAGAGGUCCAGCAGGCAGAGAUGAAACAACAAGAAUCAUGCGACAAGUUUGAAAAAAUAUCUGAGGUGGCUAAAGUAGAGUUGUCUGAUUUUAAGACAAGGAGAGUUACUGCAUACCGUAAGCAUCUUGUGGAACUUGCUGAGCUAGAAUUGAAACAUGCAAAGGCCCAGGUACAACUGUUAAGGAACUGUUUGUCCACAAUGAACGAGGACCAAUCUUAAAGAGUUUACAUCUUUGUGACUUCAAACUUAACCUUCAAGAUGAGAAGGCCUCAGUAUCAUCAAAUCAAACUUAAUAUAACCAACACAAAUGAUGUAAAGUACUGAGCAUUGGGUAUGACUGAAGAGAAAUGAAAGAAACCGAUCUUUAUUUUGUAGAUUGUUUAUUGGCAGGGACAUAUUUGGUGACAGAUUUUGAUGAUUAUUAGAAAGUUAUGGUAUGCUUAUAAUUCAGACAGCUGUUGGAUUGAUCCAUGUUGAAAUAAUCAUAAUUUGUUUUAUUCACGUUAUGUUUGUAGGCAAGGCUUAUAGCCCCUACCUGUAGCUAACAUGAAGCAUACAUUGGUAACAAUUAUCAAUUGUGUGAUAAUUACCAACAAUAAUAAUUUCAUGUAGCCUUUUGAUUUUAUUCAUACACAAAAAUGCACAUACAAACAGACAAUUCAAUCUGUAAACCUCACCGAGUAUAAUAGAAAGCAUUGCAGCAGCAGGAUUGCAUCAUGUUUGUGUUCAGGGAAUCUGUAAAUGUGAAUAAGGCCAAUUAUUAUAUAACAUCAACAGAAAAGUCUUAGUGUGAUAUGCUAAUGAGUUUAUGUAUGCUACAAAUACAAACAUGUACAGAUCUCCAAAUCAACAAGCCAAUGUCUGUAGUGUUACUAAAACUACAAUAUAUUGAUGUUCAACAAAUCAAGUAGGUCCUGAUUAUGAAGAUAAUUUUUAUUCAUAUUUAGUAUUAAUUAGUGAUGUAUAGUGAUGCUAUUUGCAUAACAGCUUUUGUAUGUGUUCUACUGUGUUUUAUAUAUUAUCCACUCUAAACGGCAAUGUUGUCUUAAUUUCUUCCACUGAAUUAUGUUUCGUUACAAGUUUGUGAUGAAAUUCAAGAAAGCCAUCACGAAAUGUGUUUCUUUAACUUAAUUCUAGCUUGUCCUGUCACAAGAUUCCAUUGUGUCAUGCCCCAUAAAAAUGUCCAAAAUGUUGCCAUUACAUUACAAAAGGAAAUUGACAUUCAAGUUUUGAUGAAUGGGGCAGACAGUGUGAUUUAUUGUGUUGUACGAUUGUGAAUACAAAUCUGCUUGUCAAUGGUGGAAAGAUACAAAGUGUUUGAAGCUCAGUUAUUCCUGGACCCAGGUCCAAUUUGUCACGGCUGUUAUUAUAAAGUAUAAAGCUGAUCAUUGUUAAGUGAUAUGAAAAGUUUCAUGCACAUUUUGGGUUACUUAUUCAUUUAUAUAGGAGCCUAGGGCCUGAUCAGAAAAUGACUGAAGAUUGCCAAGUUGGUACACGUAUCUGGAUCCAGUACACUCUACACCCCUUUAAAGCGUUGGCCAAUCACAACAAUGACUCACACCUAAAUGUCUGAUAUGUUAUAUCUCAUAAGCAUAUUGCGUCAUACACAUUACCCUAGUAGAAAGUGGGAGGGUGCUUGAUUGAUCUGUAUAUUGUCAAUUGUUUACCUAAUGGUACUAUAAUACACAUUCAUAAAUACCUCAGACAGUUUCGCUACAUGCCUGUUUUAAACGACUGUGAAAGAACUAGUAGCUACCCUAUUAUUCCCUUAUUAUGCCUAUUAUGUAAUGUUGACGAGUAUUCAACACAUUUUGCCAUCACUUUAAAAACUAAUUAGUUGCAAACAGUCAAUGAAAAGCAAACUUGAUGUCUUAAAAGUGAUACAAAUGUAGAACUUCCAUUAUUAUCAAAAACUACUCUUGAAGAAAGUCAACAGUAUCUAAACCAAAUUAAAAUAUGUUGCUAGCUUCUAUCCGUAUAGUUCACUCAUGCAGUAAGAUAUAUGGCUUCUAAUGAUGGAUAUUUGCUACUAGAGUGUAAAUAUUAUGUUGAGCUGUAUCUUUGAUGUAUGAAUGAACCAAACCUGCAAUCUUAACCAUUGUGAAUGAUGAUAAAUAUUAGUUGGUUCAAACCUGUUCACAUGAAAUAGACAACCUUUAUGAUUCUACUUGUUUUAGGCUGUGAUGCAACUCACUCAAUAUCCAUACAUAUAUUUUGUGAAUACCUGAUGAGAAUUCUGAUUUCACUUUACUUUUAUUUUGUGUUUUAUAUAUUUUCAGAACACAGUAUCUUUUAAAUCUAUUUUCUAAAUUGUAACGGUUACUAAAAUUUGACGAGUCAUUAAUAAAUGAAUUGUUAUGGUUCAGACUGAUCAUUCUUUUGACUUAAAUUGUUUCUCCAAGUUGGACCCAGUUUCAUAAAGCUUUUCAGCAAAAGAUAUUGCCAAGCGAUGGCUCAAUUAACAGGGAACCAGUCUACACCAGUGUACCUUACACAUUAUUUUAGCUGGUAUCCAAUUUCUGCUAAGCAUGACUUGUCUGUGCUUAGCUUCUUGCCUAACAGCUAUUAAUAUGACAUGGGGCAGAGGCAUGUAUAUUAUAUUGUAAAGCAAACAAAUCACAUUCCUGUUGAUCUAAACAUUAUUUUGUGAGAAUAAAGCAGAAGCAUUUAUUUGAUUAAAAUAA